UCGACUCACGAACUAUAGAAAAUUAGAUUUACAGUGUACAUUAAUUUUCGUAAAAAAACAUCAUAGCGUCCACGAGAUCUAUUUAAUACAAAAUAUACGUCCGUUCAGGACGUGGUCGCGAGACAGUUGAGUUUCGACUCGUGCAGUUGAGCUCGCGACUGCGUUUUACUCACUCAAACCAGUGUUGACAAAAAAUACAGCCCUAUGUUCAAGUUACAAUACCUGAGGUUGCGAUCGCGGUAUAUGCUCUUUUGUUUUAUCGCCGUCUUCUCGUUCAGCGUUCUGUUCCUAAUGUUUCAAAACAGUCUGAGCCGGCCAGCUAUUGAGACGCUGGUCACGGAAACGCACAAGCAAAUUAACAACUUCAAAAACUUUAAAGACAAUUUGAAGGUAGCUGAACAAAAAGAAUUGGUGGUUAAUGAAGACUAUUUGUACGCAUUGGGGUUUGUUUCAAAACCAGCCAUUUAUCCAACGUCUUGGAAGAACACUACGCUGCCCAUUGUAGUCACAUAUGUAUUGGAUGAUGAACACAGCCAAGCAAUUGGGCUCGUUAUGUGUGUGGCCAAGUAUUUGCCCGACCGCGCAAUACUUGUAUACAACCUGGGAAUACCGGACUACCAACUCCUUCUUAUGCAAACAUUUUGUAACAACAACACUCGGUGUACAAUUGUCGAUUUUGAUCUAUCAAAAUUUCCGUCUCACGUAAGCCGUACACAUAUCAAAGCAUAUCGACCACUUGUAUUACAGGAUGCUUUGAAUCGUGCUGGUGCUGUGAUGUUUCUUGAUCCAAAUGUGCGGAUAAUAUCUCCAAACGUCUCAAAACUUUUCACGCUCUACAGCAACAAGUCCAUAGUUGGCUGGGAGACAAGAAUGGCUACAACAACGCUUACACACCCAAAGAUGUUUGAUUACUUUCGUACACCUGCGGAUAAUUUUUUCUUCCUGCCACUGGUCCUAGUCAAUAAACUAAUUGUGUACAACACUCUUGAUAUGCAUCAGGACAUCAUGUUACCAUGGAUUCAAUGUGCUCUCAUUAGUGAAUGUAUAUCUCCCAUAGGGGCGCAGACCAAAGGCUGCAGAUAUGACAAGAAACCUCAAUACAGAUAUUCCAGCUGUCAUGGGUAUGACGUAUCAGCAUUCAACAUUGUAUUGGGUAUACAUUAUCAGUUCGAUAGUACACCUUAUGUCAUCAAAGAAAAUGAGGAUGACUUUUUUACAAAGGUUUCAACGACUGAAGCUGAUAAAGAUCUACAAAACUUGAUCUUGAACAUAACAGACAUACCAGCAGUGACGUAAUUGAUUAUUGAAUACGUUUAUUGAGUAUUUGUCUGAAUGAUCUUAAUCCGUUUUUAACCUGUGCUAACGGAUAAACAUUGACCAAAAAUUAUUUUAAAUCCUAUUUAUUUUAAUACUGUGGUAUUGAACAUUAGGUUCCAAAAUGUGCUUCUUAAUAACUCUAUUUAUAUUUAAAAAAUCAUUAUUAAUCAAAGUCUUGAAAUAUUAUAAUGUACAGCGAAAACAUAUGUACAACGGACAAUUGUGGGUAUUUAAAUAUAUAUUCGCUGUACAAAUGGCAUCGAGGGAAUAAACUAUACUUUUUAUGUGAUAUUUUGAAAUAUGUUGAACGUCAGAAGGGUUUCUACUAUUGGGAAAUAACUAUGAGAUUUCUAGCAUUUUUUACUUCUUACUAACCGAUUACAUGUAGGUAUUUAAAUUAUAAAUACAAUUUAAAACUCUUUUCACUCUUCAAUCUAUCAAUUGCAUUUACAUUAAUUUAAUUAAUCAAAAAUUGUAUCAAUAUUGUACUAAAUCAACAUUAUUUUAUACACUAUUAAACAAACAUUUGUUACCCAACCAUUGAUAUAUGAUUGUUGUAUAAUAUGUAACACUGUUGUAAAUAGUAUUAGGAUUGCCACAUUUUGUAUUAUCUAAACUGCCUUAUUUUUACACCAAAGUUUAAAACUCGUCAGUUGUUACAUUAAAAUAUACCAAUGAUUGGAUCAUACACGGUUAUAGAGAUCCAAACAUUUUGGCAAUCCCUAAUAACAUUAAUUUAAUAAUAGUAUAUAAGUGUUAAUUAAUUGUUUACAGUUUUUUUUUUUUUUUUUUUGUCAGAAUGGUAUAAAGUUCCUUCAACAUUUGUGUUAAAUCUAAUAUCCUUGAUGUAAACUUUUAUUUAUUUAACCUGAACUACUUAUAAUUAUUUAUUUCUGUAUAAUUUACAAAUGUUUUAUUUUGUAACAACUGUUUGUAUUUAGUUUAAUUUUAAGAUGGUAAUGAGAUCAAAAUUCAACAGUAUUUUCAUCUAUUUU